AUGCCAGACCAAGUAAGGUCAUCGACAACUCCACAAACACCCCACGCUUGUCGUCUUCCUCUCUUAUUUGUCUAUGUCUCAUCAUCGCGUCUCACUUUCUUCUCAAAUCAUAACUUCUCACACGCCAGUUUUGAUUCAACCAAACGAAAGAAACGUACAUCAAAAUCUAAAGGAAAAGGUUUAAGAAUGUUACCUAUCAGAGACAAGUCCUAUGACUAUUCAAUUGUGAUAGAGACGAGAAAUAUAGAAAAAUAUGCUCAGGGAAAGGUUGACCAGAGUGAAGGUUGGAGUUUUGUAGGAAUAUGGAUCAUGGCAAGGUUUUCUUGGGAAGAGGGUCAGUUUGAAAGGAUAGUGAAGUUAAGGGUCUGUAAGGUGGUUUUCAGAUGGAUUUUGACCAGAGGGGAGGGUUUUGUUGGCGAUUCUCCAAGUUUUUGGCUGGUUUAUGGGCUGGUUUUAGUGCAUGGCAGCAACAUGUUUUUUUGUGGCAAGUUUUGUAAGGUUUAUGGACAACAACUAGUGGCAAAGUGGUUUGGUGUAUCAAGCAUGGCAAAGUUGGAGUAUGGACAUGAAGCAAAGCUUUGGAUCAAGUGA